UUUACUAGUCUCCGAUUCAAUCGUGUAGAUUCCUUUUGAACUUUCCUAAGAAAACGCUUUUCUUUUCCAACACUUUGAAUUCGACCUUUCAUCGCAUAAACGAUCGUACCGCAUAGGAACUAAUAUACAUGUUUUACUCGGUAGUAGAUCUUGCAAGUACUGUGCGUGUGUACACGGGGAAUCCCUGACAGUUCUCGCUCAACGUCGCGCAGUUAUUAUCGUACCGUGAUCAAAUACGUGAUAUUUCAACAUUUACGUCCCAAAUUCGUAUCGAGGGAACACGACAACUCAAACAGAUUGAAUAAGCUGGCAGGAAUAGGAUAAAAGUAGGGGCACACUCGAAACGAAAACAGAUGGCGAUCUUGCGCGUUUACCAGUUUAUCGCGACAGUGAGCAGCGUCAGUGGUACCGACUCGGUAGUAUCAGUUGGUGUGCGACCGUUGCACGGCUCGUUCGCGUAUUCUUGUUACUCCCGGAUUUUCUUCGCGUUGCGAACAUUUUUUCUUCGAUUCCCUUGAGUUGCAACGUGCCAAUUUUCAAUUCGAUGGUGACGCAAACUUUAAAUAAGAUUAUUAGUUUACAUUUCGAAGAAGCUGUAUAUCCCCUGAAAACUAAAUAAGGCACGUUCGUGCCUUUCGAUCAUCUUUCGGUUGACACGUUACGUUACUCGACCAACACCAAUAAAGCUCAGUCGGUUCUUACGUUCUCCUUCUUUUCGUGUCUGGGAAACUUUAAACGUUAUCAGGAACCGACGAUUCGCGUUUGGACGCGUCUCGAUACACCAUGCAGAACAAUCGCAUUAUCGAGCACAGCAAUGAUUCAACGAUCACGACGGCGAUGCCUCAUCAGCCAACACAGGAAAUGCAAAACAAUGUUAAACCGACCGAAAGUACCUCUUUGGCACCCAACAGUAAUCAAGCAUAUUUUGCCGAUCAAAAAAUUCAUAUACCGGAGACGAACGAUGGUUUCUUCAGUUUGAGAAAAUUAUGGGCCUUUACGGGUCCUGGAUUUUUAAUGUCCAUAGCUUAUUUGGAUCCAGGAAAUAUAGAAUCCGAUUUGCAGUCCGGAGUAACCGCUAAAUAUAAGUUAUUAUGGGUAUUGUUAAGUGCAACGAUUUUAGGCCUUAUUAUGCAAAGGCUAAGCGCUAGGCUGGGUGUUGUAACAGGUUUACAUUUAGCUGAAAUGUGUUAUAGGCAAUACAAGAGAAUACCUAGGUUAAUAUUAUGGAUAAUGAUAGAGGUGGCUAUCAUUGGUAGCGACAUGCAAGAGGUCAUAGGAACAGCCAUUGCUCUAUCGCUAUUAACAAACAAAGCGAUACCUAUUUGGGGUGGUGUACUCAUCACUGUAAUAGAUACUUUUACAUUUUUAUUAUUAGACAAAUAUGGUUUGAGAAAGUUAGAAUUUUUUUUUGGAUUUCUUAUUACGAUAAUGGCCAUUACUUUUGGUUAUGAGUAUGUUGUUUCUGCUCCUCCACAAGGUGAAGUAAUAGAAGGAAUGUUUGUACCCUGGUACAAGGACUACGAUAGGAACAUGUUACUGCAGGCAGUAGGCAUUGUUGGUGCAGUUAUAAUGCCGCACAAUUUAUAUCUUCACAGCGCUCUAGUUAAGUCGAGAGAUAUCGAUCGCAGGGAACCCAAAAAAGUAAAGGAGGCGAAUAUGUAUUAUUUCGUCGAAGCUUGCAUAGCGCUGCUCGUUUCCUUUGUUAUAAAUGUAUUUGUUGUAGCAGUUUUUGCAGAUGGUCUUUAUAAUAAAACUAACGAAAAAGUUCACGAUCUAUGCGAGAGUAACAACUACACUAUAGGAACGGAGACAUUUCCCAGAAAUAAUGACACCGUUUCGGUAGAUCUUAAUAAAGGUGGCAUAUUUCUUGGUUGUGCCUUUGGCGGUGCUGCAAUGUAUAUUUGGGCUGUAGGUAUUUUUGCGGCUGGUCAGUCUUCCACGAUGACUGGCACGUACGCAGGACAAUUUGCAAUGGAGGGUUUCUUGAAUCUUCAGUGGGCUCGAUGGAAGCGAGUCCUUUUUACGCGAAUGAUUGCUAUUGUUCCUACUUUUCUUGUAGCCUUUUUUAGCGAUAUAGACAAUUUAACUGGAAUGAACGACAUUUUGAAUGCUAUCAUGACGCUUCAGUUACCUUUUGCAACUCUACCGACUAUAGCAUUUACGAGUAGCUCUCAGAUAAUGGGGAAAUUUCGAAAUGGAUUAGCAAACAAAAUUAUUGCGACAGCAUUAUCUGUAAUAGUAAUAACUAUAAACAUAUAUUUUGUGAUAAACACGGUUCAAGAGGAUUUACCUCAUCAUUGGGCAGUAAUAUUUGCUAUUUCAAUCUAUUCCAUCUUGUAUCUCCUAUUUUGCCUUUACUUGACAAUUCAUAUGGCUGUUAGUAUGGGUGCCACUUCUCUCGGCGAUCUCUCGUUUGUGAGAAAAUACAUUGGUAGUCCUGUAAGUACAACCCUCGGAUUAUCGAAUCCAACUAUAUACGCAAGAUCAAAUCCGGCAUUCAAUAUUCAGGAAAACUGGACUGGCAGCUUUAACGCAAUACCAGAUUAUUAAUAAAUAAUAUUACAUGUACAUACACAAAGCAUAGGAGCUUGAGUACACAAUACUCACAAUUCAUAAUUUUUUUAUGGAUUUUAACAUUGUACAGAGUAUACAACAGUUGUAUCUAAGCCUUCAAUUGUGUACAUAAACUUCAUUUUAUUCAAAUCUAUUUGUAUAUACAUAUAUUAAUAUAUAUAUAUAUAUUAAUUUUUAAAUAAAAGAACGUGGUA